AGGAAGUCUGGCCUGGGCUAAGGGAGUGGCCAGCAUUAGUUGAGACUAACAGAAGGGAGCAGGAAGUUAGCUACGUCUGUUGGGAUUUUCAUGAAAACGUUUGUGAUUUUUUGUUGAAAGUUCAUGGAACUGAAGAAACAACCUGUAGGCUGAGGACAUUCAGGUAAGCCUGAUAUUGAUGUCAGUUCAGAAAACCAUUGAAAGGCUUUUGUUUUCAGCAGUCCCUAUCAAAGCAUACUGGAUUGAGAGAAGGCUAAAAAAUCUGUGUAAGCUGCAAAAUGUCCAAGCCAUUAAAACAAGUAUUCAAUAAAGACAAAACUUUUCGGCCAAAACGGAAGUUUGAACCUGGGACCCAAAGGUUUGAGUUGCAUAAGAAGGCUCAAGCGUCACUAAACGCUGGGCUGGAUCUGAAACAGGCUGUUCAGCUGCCUGUUGAAGAAGAUAUGAAUGACUGGGUAGCCGUGCACGUGGUGGACUUUUUCAACCGCAUCAACUUGAUCUAUGGUACUAUUUAUGAGUUCUGCACUGAGCAGUCCUGUCCAGUGAUGUCGGGUGGCCCCAAGUAUGAAUACCGCUGGCAGGAUGAAAAUAAAUACCGAAAACCUACUGCCCUUUCAGCACCCAAAUACAUGACUUUACUUAUGGAGUGGAUAGAACUUCAGAUUAAUAAUGAGGACAUUUUCCCAACCAGCAUCGGUACUCCAUUCCCUAAGAAUUUCUUACAAAUAGUGAAGAAGAUUUUGACACGCCUCUUUCGAGUCUUUGUGCAUGUUUACAUCCACCAUUUUGACAAAAUUAACCAAAUGGGUGCAGAAGCUCAUGUGAACACCUGUUACAAACAUUUUUAUUACUUCGUCACAGAAUUUCACUUGGUGGACCAAAAGGAGCUAGAGCCAUUGAAAACAGGAAGGGGUUUUGCAGAAAAUCUCCUGAUUGAAGUCUCCAUUUGCUUUCUUCACCGGUUGACUUGUUGCUUGUGUCCUCAUCACAUUUUCCUGCCUUCCAACGUUUUCUCUUUGCCAUGCCAUGCUGUGUCAGUCAAGGGUCUGUGUAUGUUUUUAAUCCAAAUGGAUGGGAGACUCGCACUUAAAGCAGGAACUAGUGUCUUAAAAUUGUUUCAUUUUUCUGCAGGGUGUUAUUAAAGAAAGAAAUGCAUUUCU